AUGUAUGAGAAAACCGCAGGUAACUUGGAUAAACCCGCAGGUAACUUGGAUAAACCCGCAGGUAACUUGGAUAAACCCGCAGGUAACUUGGAUAAAACCGCAGGUAACUUGGAUAAACCCGCAGGUAACUUGGAUAAACCCGCAGGUAACCCGGAUAAAACCGCAGAUAACUUGGAUAAAACCGCAGGUAACUCGGAUAAAACCGCAGGUAACUUGGAUAAAACCGCAGGUAACUUGGAUAAACCCGCAGGUAACUCGGAUAAAACCGCAGGUAACUUGGAUAAACCCGCAGGUAACUUGGAUAAAACCGCAGGUAACUUGGAUAAAACCGCAGGUAACUUGGAUAAAACCGCAGGUAACUUGGAUAAAACCGCAGGUAACUUGGAUAAAACCGCAGGUAACUCGGAUAAAACCGCAGGUAACUCGGAUAAAACCGCAG